UUGGUUUGUUGUGCUCUUUUGCAUCGAUCAUGGCUGCAGAGGGCGAUUUUCUGGCGAGAUACCGUGCCGUUUCAAAUAAACUGAAAAAACGUUUUCUCCGGAAGCCCAAUGUAGCAGAGGCGAGUGAGCAGUUUGGUCAGUUAGCCAAGGAGCUGAAGCAGCAGGACUGCCUGCAGUAUGCCGCCUUCUGUAACCUGGCAAUGGCUCGGUGUGAGCAGACUCUGUUUAAUGCGCCUGGAGAGGCUUUGGCGUUAACCGAUGCCGCCCGCCUAUUUCUCUGUUCUGAGAAGGAGAACCGGGCGCUGCAAGCCCCGGGCUUUGACGAGCACCUUCAAGCGGCUCUCAACUGCUACAGUUUUGCUGUCAAGGUGCACAUUGAGAUGAACCAGCCCGUGAUGGCAGCCAGCCUGUGUCUCGAACUUGGCAACGCUCUCAAGGAGAUGAACAGACCAGGAGAGGCCAUCGUUCACUUCCAGAGGGCAGCCGAGCUGCAAACGCAGACGCCAGUUGAAGCUCUGCUGUCAAUGGGAGAAAUGGCCACAUGUAAAAUUCUCACCCGUGACUACGACGGUGCUCUGUCGGUGUUCACAGAGAUGCAGCUGACGUGCCAGGAGAGAGGCCUGCAGCUACCGGGCAUCAACACCCCUGUUGGGGCAUUUUUGGACAUUGUCGCAAAAUGUGAAAUAUCCAGAGUUCUACUGCUGAUGCUGCUUGAGCCCCCCCCUCAGAAGUUGUUACCAGAACAUGCCCAGACCCUGGAGAGAUACGCAUGGGAGUCUUUUGAUCCUCACAGCCAAGUGACCUUCCUGCCUGAGAAUGUUUUCCUGCUCCUGCAGUCCGUAGUGAUGGCGUGUCAGGAGAAAGACACGGAAUCCCUCAAGUCUCUUCAGACUGAGCUUUGGCCGUUUCUGACUGCAGAGCAGAAUCAUCUUCUCCACCUGGUGGUUCAGGAGCGCAUCACGCCGUCUGGCCAAGGCAUUUAGUCUGAAGGUUUUACUCACUUCCUCUGGGAGCGAUACUUUAUAGAAUGGAACAUUCCUGUUUCUGACUGGGUCUGUUGUAAGGCCCGAGGACUUGUUGUUCUCACAGCCUCAGUGUUGCAACUUGCACUGAGGGCAUUUUGUUGGAGUGCGUGUUGCUUUUGUCAUUGUAGUUAUUUUUUAAUUGUAAUUCAAAUGAAUUUGAAUGAAAUCUUGUGUGCACAGAGCUGGACCUAUCAAAACAUAUUUAUUAUGCAACAGUGACUUUUUUGUUGCAUUUACAGCAAUUUAAUAGAUGAAACACAAAGGCCGUUGUUAUAAUUUGUUUUAUUAAAUGAUAUGGCUUGAAUUCCAAUGUAAUUACAAAAAAAACCUAUUGCAUAGUUUUGCAUUAUGGUAAAAUAAAACAACAUUGACCUCCAUCCUGGUUCACUAAAUUGUCACAUGUACACAUUGCAUGUACUUUUAUUAUGAUAGCAGCCAACUACAGACACAAAUUAAACGUAAAAGAAAUACAAAAUGUUACAAAAAUAUAAUGGUUACAAUGUACAUGGAUAAAAAAAAGGGAAACACUAUACUUCAGUUGUAAAAUGAGGAUACAUGAUUAAAACUACUUGUGCUGUA